AUGCCUCUUGGACUGCCAGUACCCAUCAGCUGCUUCCAGGGUCCCACAGGUCAAAAAGGCCCUAUAGGACUCCUUCUUCAGCCUGACAGCAUCCCUCACUGCCAGUAUCUACCACUGGGUCUGACUGGCAUCCGCCCCAUCAUCAGAGCCAACUCACCACCAGGUAGUGAUCAGUGGACAGCUCCGCUCUGCUCUUCACCCGAGUAUCCAAGACAUGCAGCCGCAGAUCAGGUGGAGAGGAUUGUGGACCGAAGGAGGACUAGGAAAGGGAAGGUGGAGUACCUUGUCCGGUGGAGGGGUUAUAGUUCCGAUGGGGACACCUGGGAGCCUGAGAGUCAUUUGUCCACCUGCAUGACCUACGUCCAGGACUUUAACCGCCAGCGAGACACCACCUUAUUGCGCUCCACCCGCAGCCCUCAUUAUAGCUCCACCCUCAGGCUGCCCUGCAGGCCACUACCUACCACUUCUCGCAAUGACUCUAGCUUUGAUGUCAGCAAAGGACUGCCAGGAGACAGGGCUCGGGUGAAAACUCCACUCAGUCUGAACCACCUGCCCUGCCCCCCUCCCAUCAGCACCCAGCCAGCUCCGCCUGCAGUCAGCGACGUCUUUAUGUUGGUAUCUCCAGCUGGCUCCGCCCACCGCAGUGUGGAUCUUUCAAAGAGCGGCAUCAAGAUCCUAGUUCCUAAGAGUCCAGUUAAUCCCCAACUAGACUCAGAGAAGUCUCCCAGCGAGGCGGCUCACAGCCUAGAAGCUAGCGCUCAGGAGGCUCACCUGGUGCCACCAGAGGUAGCCCUGCUGGAGAAACCAGUGGGAGUACAGCUGGGGCCUGGAGAGGAGAGAGCCCGUAUGGGGACCAGACCCCGGAACCAGAACCCACUGCCGCUUCCACCACAUGUCCCCAUCACACCUGCCGCCAUGCACAGUCUCAGUGGCUCAGGAAAUGCUGCGCUGAUGGAGGCCGUUGCAGCCAGCAGUAUGCCGGCGUUUCAUAGUGUUGUUACCGCAGCAACCAGCAUGAUUGGGAAGCGGCGCCUUGAGGAGCACUCUACAUUCGAUAAACGCCUGAGGUUCAGCGUCCGUCAGACAGAGAGCGCCUAUCGUUAUCGUGACAUUGUGGUGAAAAAACAAGAUGGCUUCACUCACAUAUUACUUUCUACCAGGAGCUCCGAGAACAAUAUGCUCAACCCUGAGGCGAUGAAGGAGAUCCAGAGUGCCAUGGCGACGGCAGCGUCUGACGACAGCAGGCUGGUGCUGCUCGGUGCUGUCGGCAGCGUUUUCUGCUUCGGCCUGGAUUUCCUGUAUUUCAUUAGACGGCUGACUGACGACAGGAAGAAGGAGAGCAUCAAAAUGGCUGAAACUAUCAGGACCUUCGUCAACACCUUCAUCCACUUCAGGAAGCCCAUUGUGGCAGCAGUGAACGGGCCAGCGCUCGGCCUGGGCGCUGCCCUCCUUCCGCUCUGUGACGUGGUGUGGGCCAAUGAGAAGGCUUGGUUCCAGACACCAUAUACGUUCUGCGGCCAGACGCCCGAUGCCUGUGCCUCCUUUACCUUCCCCCGUAUCAUGGGGCUGGCUGCGGCCAAUGAGCUGCUGCUGGGUGGCAGGAAGCUGACAGCGCAGGAGGCAUGUUCUAAAGGCUUGGUGUCGCAGGUUUUGUGGCCUGGAACUUUCACGCAGGAAGUGAUGCUGCGGGUCAAAGAGCUGGUGGCUGUCAACCCUCUGGUUCUACAGGAGUCCAAAGCCCUCAUGAGGAACACCAGCCGCAGUGCUCUGGAGCAAGCCAAUGAGCGAGAGUGUGAAGCUUUAAAGAGAGUGUGGAGCUCCAUGCAAGGAACAGACUCAAUCCUACAGUAUCUGCAGAGAAGAACUGACCUUUGCUAGAACCUGGAUCCAGACCAGGACUGCUGUUUCAGCAGAACGCUGACUUCAGACCCAGAAAAGAAUCCAGAUAUGCCCAGCCCACUCUGCAGUUUAAUCUUUGGUUCCAAGAUGUAGACGCGUCCCAGCCCACCCUGUGGUUCCAGGAUGUAGAUGUGUCCUCAUCAGUGACAGCUUAAAAGGUUCUAUUUUUCUGUGGAUUUGAUGUAAAACAUCAAAUAUUAAAAGAGAAAG